CUUCAAACCUUUAACAAUCAAGCAGAAUCACUCCCUCAGUAUAUAACGCAGCCCAAAGCCCAGUCGCUACAGUCGUCAGUCGAGCUCAGAUCAGUCCCGGCCUUCAGAACCAAAUAGUGUAGAUACCAUGAUCUCAGUCUCCUCCGUCGUCUUUACUCUGGUGCUGUUCUCUGAGCUGAACAGCCCCUUGGUAACUGUAGCUUCACCUACGACGAAAGGAGAAGAUGGUGUAAUAGAGCAAGACGGCCUGAGUUCCUUUCUGGGAGACGAACCCAUGAUGGAGCAGGCCAUGGUCCCGCCUGUGUACAGAGGAAGCCUCAUGCUGGACAACGGCAUCAGAGAUGAAGAGGGGAACCCUAAGAUCUUCAUCCUCUCGGACAUGAGGCAGAAGGGACACGGGACUCGGGGGCUGAACUCGGGCCUCAGCCGGAGCCUUCCUCUGCUCGCAGACCACAAGUUGAGCCGCACUCCGGCCGAGUACAGUUUCAAAAUGGACCGAAGAGACACCGACAUCAACACCGCUCGUACCACAGCACACAUCAUGCAGGAGGACUCCAGCCGCAGUCCCAGCUACACGGUGCCAUGCGAGGACUACGUCCACGUGGUGGAGUUCAGUCCGUUCACCUCAGGAACCCCCGCCUCCCUCCUGGCCUACGGUGGAAACCAGUAUGUGGUAGUGAGCACCUGCCUCUUCCCGGAGGAGGACAUGGAGCUGGAAGGAGUUGAGUUAAAUGUCCUUCGAGCUUUCCAUCAUGAACUACGUGUCGAUGCUCUCGCCUGGAGCCCUGAAUCCCGACUGGACAGGAUACCCACCAUCAGAUUUUGCACCGCUGCAGCCGACAGAAAGCUACGCCUGCUGACAUCUGAUCUCCAGGAUAGGCAUGAAGUCAAGGUGAUGGAGGGCCACACCAGCUACAUUAACCAUUUGGUGUUCGAGCCCUCAGAAGGGAAACAGAUUGCUUCCGUCAGUGACGACCACACUUGCAGGGUGUGGGACCUGGACGGGAAUGAAAGCAUCACUCUCAGACUUCGCUCUCCUGGCAUCAGCGUGUGCUGGCACCCAGAGGAAGUCUUUAAGCUGAUGGUGGCGGAGAAGAAGGGGACGAUUCGCUUCUACGACCUGGUCACCCAGCAGGCCAUCCUGUCACUGGACUGCGGCCAGUCCCCUCUGAUGUCGGCCGACUGGUGCCUCACCAACACCAUCAAAGUGGGCGCAGUGGCAGGAAACGACUGGCUCAUCUGGGACAUAACUCGCUCCAGUUACCCACAAGAGAAACGACCAGCCCACAUAGAUAAAGCCCGGUUAUUCAAGUGGUCUCGAGCCAACGAAAACCUCUUUGCCACCACUGGAUGUCCGGGAAAAAUCAGCAGUCAGUUACUCAUCCACCAUCUCGGACACCCACAGCCUGUGAUGAUCGGAUCAGCCACAGUGGGAUCAGGCCUCAGUUGGCACCGGACACUUCCGCUCUGUGUGAUCGGCGGCGACAGGAAACUUUGCUUUUGGAUGACUGAGAUGUAGACGCCUGUGCAGCACUCCCCCCCCC